AUGCAACGAGGAUCCGGCUAGUAGGAAAUAUAAGUGCAAACCUCAGCUAAAACAUUCAUCACACCGUUUCAAGAUGAAGGUUCUUCUCCUGUGCACUGUACUGAUCGCUUCGGUUUGGACGUCUCCAUCCGUUCAAAGACCAGGAGCUCGCAUUAUUGGUGGAUCUGAUGCUGUUGCCAGUCAGUUCCCAUUCGUUGCCGCCAUCUAUAAGCAAACCGCCUCUGGAAAUUACUUCUGUGGAGGAGCUCUUUUGAACAAUAAGUGGAUUCUAACUGCUGCAAGCUGUGUCGUAGAUGCUCUGCUAUUUCAAAUUCGUCUAGGAUCUCACGAGCUAGACUCUACAAGUGCUAUAAGACUGGCAACUGACAGCUACGUUGUACACCCCGACUAUAACGUAGACACUUUGGAUAACGAUAUUGCCCUUAUUGAACUUCGUUUGCCAGUUGAAUUUACAGAUUACAUUCAGCCCAUUAUUUUGCCAGCCCGAGAUCUGACACGCUAUGCUGUGGUCACCGCAAUCGGUUGGGGUCAAACCAGUGACGAAGAUGCAGGCCUUAGUAAUAAGCUCCAGGCAGUAACUCUAACUGCACUUUCGAACGAGGAAUGUAGACUGUACUUUGGUAAUCAAAUUACUGACAACAUGGUUUGUGUGGAUGGUAACUACAACCAAGGAACUUGCUUGGGUGACACUGGGUCACCAUUGAUUCAGUUCCAAAAUGCUUUCACACCCACCGUUAUUGGAGUUUCUGCCUUCAUCAGUGGAAAUGGAUGUGAAUCCACAGAUCCAUCAGGGUUUAUAAGAACAUUUUUGUAUCUUGACUGGAUUAAGAACGUUACAGGCAUCGCCUAAGAACUGUGAAAUACGUUUAGAAAAUAUAUAUAAAUAUAGUAAAAUUCUAAAAAACUCUUAUUUUUUCCACCCAACCGGGAAUAAAAUGGUACUUUAUUCCCCCGUUUUAGUAAUAAAGUGGUACUU